UUUAGAAAUAGCAUGUUAUAAUCCUUUGUAUUUUUCAAAGAUAUUAUAUUUUUGUUUACAAUAUUCAAUUUUUCAUUCCUUUUUAAGGUUUUUAAAAAAAUGGAGAAUCAAAAGAAACGCCAAGCUGCUUACAUGAAGAGAAGCCUCUUGGAUCAGGGAUACCUUGAUGAACAAUUUAUUCAUCUUGAAGAGUUGCAAGAUGACGCAAACCCUAACUUCGUUGAAGAAGUGGUCAAGUUGUUUUACACAGAUUCAGCUAGAUAUGUUCGAAAUAUUGAACUUGCAUUGGAAAAUGGACCCUAUGACUUUGCUAGGCUGGAUAAUAUGAUGUACCAAUUCAAGGGUAGCAGCUCAAGCAUUGGUGCCAGAAGAGUAAAAAGACAAUGUUCUCAGUUUCAGGAAUACUGUAAUGCAAAAAAUAUAGAGGGGUGCAGAAACAUUUUCCAAGGAGUGAAGCAAGAGUAUGCUACUCUAAAGACUAAGCUUGAGACUUACUUUCAGAUGGAAAGAUAAGCUUCAGUAAUGUUGAAAGCAAGCAUCAGAUUCGAAGUGAACAAGCCCAUCAUCAUGACCUUCCUUCAACAAGCUGAUAUAUAUAUCCAAUGAAGGAUAGUUGGAUAUUUUAGCAUAUAUAAAUAUUCUUAUCUUGAAAUAAUAAUAAGUAUAUGGCAUUUAAAAAAAUGUAUUUGCCACUCUGUUGUAUAAAACCUGUCAAAGCUUAUUAAUGCAAAGUACAUGUUUCCAAUAGAACAUCUAUUUCUGUCUUCUAUUUCCAGAAAAAUAAAUAAUAAUUGACACCCUCAGGCC